AUGGCUUCAACCGCCUCCCCGUCAGAGGUGGCUCAACUUACCUCAGAAUCCCUGCUUCCGCCCGAGGAAAGGCAAUGGGCAUGCCACAAGAAAUUGGCACACUUCUACGAUUCGAAUCGAUGCAUCUAUUGCCGUGACUCUACAGUGACCCCAAAAGAUGCGGCUCGGGGAUAUCGUCUCGAUUCGCAAGAUCCCUUCCUGAACAAAGGACCCUGUGCUCUCUUGUACUGCAAAGAUCCUCAUAUUGGUACUUGGAAGCUAAUCUGGGACAUCAAUCGUGAUAUGGAUCUCUCAAAAUAUGAGGGCGAAGGUAUCUGCUGGUGUAGUACGGAGGACAAAAAAAUCGAGUUUAUAGAUGGAUUUCUCACCUUCCACCAAGAAUGCCUUGUGGCUCUCAACGGACGUGAUUUUUCUGCGGAAAGAAUAGAUCGUUUGGGAAGAGCAAUGUUUUGGACGACCAUAAGACAUCUCGACCUUUCUGAUAACAACUCCGACUAUUUUGCUAAUAUCCCUGAUGUCCAAGACUAUCCCCAUGAUUCCAUCUCCAGCAUGGGUCAAAAAAUUGGGCUCCCACUUGAUCGCCUUCCGCUCGAGAUACUACAGCAUAUUCAGUCAUAUUGUCAUGACUGCCUAUUCUGGGAAAUGGUAAAGAAGUUGGACUUUACAACUUGUCUGGAAUUGGGCCCAAGGACGAAGAUGCUGUCUGUUUCUCUUGCUCGCGUUGUGGAAUGGACACGUGGAAGCAACUCACCGGUACUUUCGUCGAGAAAAGCCAAAUCUGGACAUGUGCGUAUCACGGUUGAUAGUCAAGGCUUCUGCGAAAUCGAACGGCUUUCCGAGUACCCGCGUGUAUGUCUGAAGAAGCAGCCAUACAAGAGGUUUAUUAUACUUGAGGCACGCCAUGCCACUGAGAUCAAUUGCUCCUUUAAAGACGGAAUGUGUUGGCUUGGGUUACGGAAAGCUGAUUCCAUCUCAACUGUCUGGGACAUCCCAACGCCCCCGGCUGGGCCUCUGUCCUGCAUGUUAACAACUCGGAAACAUUUAUGCCAUGAGAAUAUCGAAAACUGCAGCUUGAUGGAUGUCCAUCGGAAUUACCCUUUGAAUGCCAGACUCGAGACCGUCGACCUCGGCGGCAUUGGUGGUUUGUUCAUACUCUUAACUCAUGGCAAAAUUUGCAUCAAAACAUACAGCAAACCCGCGCCAUUGAGGUACCCACGGGACUCGUGGGGAACGAUGGCGCAUAUGCCGCUUGCGUCAAAUGAUAGAAUCCUAUGGGUGCAGGUCCGAAAGUACAGUGAUCACGACCUUGUGCUAGGUGUCAAGACUGAACUGUCAGGUAUCAUCCACCUCGGGCAAAAGGGUACAGAACCCAGCAAGACAAUUGCUUUCAGCGAAUCUCCUCGUGCCAUCUUCCAUCAUCGAGACCGCAAUAUCCCCGGGGGAGUCCUCGCCAUCGAUCCAAAAAGCCAUCCUUCUCCAGACCACGAAGUUUUCAACCUUGCCAAUGUCGGGCCCCCUAUCCCCAAUAUUGGCCAUUCAACUUCAAUGUGGUCCUGGGCUCCUCUGCAAGACAUAGCGAUCAUACAUGUCUUCACGACAGCUGGCAAAGGCCAUUUUGUGGGGAUGCACAUCACUUACAAUAAUGGAGGACAACGGUUUGUAGGCGACCCCAAUCAAAGUGCGCCUCAUCAGACUCGUAGAGUUCCGCCCGUGGAGGUGCGAGUCAAGAAUCCGACUCGGUUAUACGUAGAAACCAAGAUACGUCAGGAGCGUUCCCAGAGAGUCGUAUUCUCUGUUGGUGAACGGCGUGUGUUCGAAAGGGAUCCGACAUGGAAGAAGUAUGAACUUACAGGAAAGCGGAACUUUUGGGAGUUUCACUUUUGGUACAUACCUAAGACCUUGCCCCCUUACCAAGAUGAGGUGCAGGUUCUCACUCCAGGUCUCGCUCCAGGGAGUUGGCGAGGCUAA